AUGGAAUUAAUUAAAUGUUUAAUAUCGAUUUUGAUCGAAAUUCUUGCAUCGAUCAUAUCAGUUGUGAAACAUUAUAUAUUUUCAACAACAGAAAAAAAUAUCAGAAAUGAAAUUAUACUUAUAACAGGCACAGCUCGUGGAUUAGGUCAAAAAUUAGCUGUUUUAUUUGCUCAACGUGGUGCAAUUGUGAUAUUAUGUGAUAUUAAUGAAGAAGGAAACAAGGAAACGGUUCAAUUGAUGAAUGAUGCUUCUAUACCGUUACAUCGAGUGUAUUCCUACACAUGCGAUAUUGGAAUUCAGACUGAUGUUGGAGAAGUGACAAUGAUUGUCAAUAACGCUGCUGUUUUAUCGUCGAAAUUGUUAUUAGAAGCAAGUGAAACGGAAUUUAUGAGAACAAUGGAGGUGAAUUUAUUUGCAUCAUAUUGGUUGAUUCGAGAAAUAUUGCCGUCAAUGAUGAAAAAAAAUCAUGGUCAUAUUAUCCAAAUGUUGGGAACCACAGCUUUAUUUGGUUAUGGUCAUUUUAGUGAUAUAUGCACGGCUAAAUUUGGUGUCACAGGGUUAAUGGAGAGUCUUGAUCAUGAACUAUCACUAGGUCGCUAUGAUGGUAUCUAUACAACAGUGUCUUGUCCUCAUUAUAUAUCAACGCAAUUAUUUCAACAAGCAAAAACUCGACUCAAUCCGUUACUACCGCCAUUGACACUUGACUAUGCUGCGAAAAAGAUCGUACAUGGAGUAUUAGUCAAUAAAAAAUUUGUUUGUGUUCCAAGAUUUUAUUAUUUAAUACCAUUAAUCAAAGGUAUCCUUCCAUCAAAAGCAUUUUUAGUUCUUCUAAAUACAUUCGUUAAUCCCAAAAUUCCUGUUUUUGUUCGUCGUCCACUGCCAAAACCAGUCGCUCUUCUUACCGCGACAAAUCGUAAACGAAAUCAUUUUAGUGCAUGUGAAUAA